AUGUCUGAACCCCUCUCUCUCUCUCUUAAACCCAUUAUCGAUAAGAUUGGGAGCCUUAUCAGCGAGGGAAAGGUAGGAAAGACAACGAUUGCUGGUGGAUGGCGGUACUCUGGCGAAGAUUUUGAAACCCAGAUCGCGGAGCUAGAAAAGGCGAUGACUGACGGCGGCAAUGAUGUUGUUGCGUGCCAUGCGACUCAUUUUACCCGAGGUGCAAAUAUUGGCAACCCUACGGGGAGACUAAUCCUCAUUCAAAUACACGGAACUUCAAUUCUUGACCCCGGCGGACUGUUAUCACCUGGAUCAUACCAAUACUUGGAAGACUCUCGAACACUUAUUUCCCAGGAUGGGAAAGGCGUUGACAUUGGCGUUGUCGUCCUUGCGAAAAAUUCAACCUUCAAGAAGGUGUGA